AUGUGGAUGCCGACCAAACUUUGCCGGCUCCUCUUCCUCCUCCUGCUUCUCGACUCCAGAGCCAGCUCUUUCUUGAUCGUUCCUCCUCCUGGAGGCAGAGACGUUUCCGCGAGAUCCAAGACUAGCAGUCACCGACGAAGCUCGUCCUCACACAAGAAGACAGCUUUCACGCAACGUCAGCGAGACUUCAAAGGCUCCCACACCACCAUGGAGCAGCUGCUCCGCUCUCGCUACCGCAAGGAAGCUCACAGCGAUGAGCGGAUAGGAGGGAACGUGAGCAUCGCCCUGGAGAGCAUCGGCUGGACUUACGGCUCUUGCUUCGGCCCCAGCCCCGAGAGGACGUGGGCAGCUGAAGCUGUACUUGCUGCCUCCCUCCGAGACGCUCUCAGCUCACUGCAGCCUUUGAUGAGCAUGCCUCUCAACCUCGCGACUGCGCAGGAUUCAGGCAUCGAGGAGGAGGAAGAGCUGCUGGCGGGGCGAGAACUUGUUCGGAACGACAGGCCGGCAGUGGAGUCCAACGUAGUGGUGGGGGACGACAAGGGAGGAGAAGGAGGAAGAGGUUUUUCUAAGACCCAUGGCUCAUUCAGAGCUCGUGAGAUCGUCUCUUCUGACGCCAUUCAAGAUGUUUGCAAGGUGCUGGUGAGCAACAUAUUCAAGGUUGUUCGGGUGAUUACCAAGUCUCCCCUCGCCCCACGAGAGGGGCUGCUACUGGAGGUGCAUAACUCUAUAGCGAUGACGGACAAGACCGUGGGUUCAAGGCGGGGCAAACACUCAUUGUCCUCUUCCUCUUCCUCUUCCUCUUCCUCUUCCUCUUCCUCUUCCUCUUCCUCUUCCUCUUCCUCUUCCUCUUCCUCUUCGUCGUAUCUCACAUUCUUAGAUCAUAAGGGAAAUCUCAUCACGUUCACAAUUGCCGAGGUCGACGAGAUCGCCGUCUGCAGUCUUGCAGGCUCAGAGGAUUUCCUGGUGUUGGACUUCAUCUCCAAGCUGUCAAGGCAGGGAGUUGACAUCCCCAAGACGAUCCUCGACGACCAUCAUCUCGUCAUCCUCCGCGCCCUCGCUCAGAGCAUCGGCCGUCACGUCCUCUACCAGAACCUGCGGCACUCCAUCCUCGGCUUCUCUGCCUACCGCUCGCUCUGGACCGAUUUCCUCUCCAGCAGAGGCGAGGAGACGCCGGAGACUCUCUUCUCACCAGCUCGGCGAGGGUGGCUGGUGAAGGUGAAGUCGGAUGUGGAGGCGUACAGUAGGACGGGGAGCAGCAGGAGCAGGUGGGUCCCUGUAGAGGAGGUGCUUCCGAUGUCAGAGUACGACCUUGACGCCUACGGGACUUACCGGCAUGAGCUGCAUCCUUCCUCCGAAUUCGACUUGCAGCGCCAUGACUCCCUCCUGCACCGGCGGUACAUGCUGUCUGCGAGCAAGGAAGAGUUGAACGAGCGGAUCGGAUGA